AUGGCAUCAAACGACAGUUCAAACCCAGACAGACGAGAUUCCUCCUCCCAACGCAAGAAUGCCCGCCCAACACUCGCCGACAACCCUCAUCAACCCAAUUCAGCCGCAUAUCUAGCAUACCCAGUCAAGCACGUGGUGUCCAGCCUCUAUCGUCGUAUGACCGAGCCUCCCGAGAUCCCUGUCAACAGACUCCUCGAUGCUCCUACCCUUUCUACCUCGUCAAGUGGCUAUACUGCCCCGAGAAGAACUGCGUCUCCCUUCCAACCUCCGCCCCUCACUCCUCUUGAGUUGAGGCACACAUUGUCCCAGAGAGCCGCAACCUCGUUACUAUUGACGCGCUCACUGGCCGAAGAAAUCCGACUUCUCCUCCCUCCCCGGCUUCAACUCAUUGAUCACUGGACGCUGGCAUAUUCACUAGAGGCUCACGGUUCUUCAUUGGCAACCUUGUACGAACACUGUGCCCACGUUUCGACAUAUACACAGCGCUCAGGCUAUGUCCUAGUAGUAAGAGAUGGAUCGGCUUCAUCAACAAAUGGAUCUGUUUUUGGUGCGUAUCUGUCGGACGUGCCCAAACCAUCUCUCCAUUAUUUUGGCACAGGCGAAUGUUUCCUCUGGCGGGCAAGCAUAUUGCCCACGUUGCGGGACUUAUCUACAAACCUGAGCCUUGGUAAAGAGCCUGCGUCGAAUGACUUGCUGGAGUUGGCUGGGUUGCCGCCUCCCCCCAGCGCUGAUACCACGAACCUGCAACGGUUUACCACAAUCCGUGGGGAACGCCGCACACCCUCGACAUCAACCACCUCGUUGCCGCAGCCUUCCAAUACCAAAGCUCCAUCCGCACACUCCCAGUCAGCUCUUGAUCGCUCAGGAGCUUCAACACCCGACCGAAUCAGGUUCAAAGCAUUUCCUUACAGUGGUGUGAAUGAUUUCCUGAUCUACUGUGAGUCGGGAUAUUUCUCCAUCGGUGGCGGAGAUGGGCAUUACGGCCUGUGGUUGGACGAUGAGUUGAAUAGUGGCAUCAGCGAAUCAUGUCCGACGUUUGGUAACGAACCACUAAGCGAAGAGGGGCGACGAUUUGAGGUUCUCGGCGUAGAGGUGUGGUAUGUUGGCGCAUGA